UCUUUUCAUUCAUCUCUCCUUCUUCUCGUGUUACACCAGAUCUCUCCCAUCCAUCCAAUCCAUCAUCAACUUUUAACAAACAUCUCAAGAAACAACAAUCUCUUGUAGAUUACCUCGCCAGAUUGACCACAACAACCUGUCAUCGCUGCCUGAUAUCACUCGAACAGGCGUAUCCUCUACAAACACAACUGAAGCUGUAGUCAUCGCGGCACAGUUCGUCACCACAAUCUUAGAACCCUACAACAUAAAUUACAUUUAAAUCAUCAUGCCCAUCAGAUUCCCAAAGGCCGGUCGCACCGAGGGUGCCGCCUUCGCCGCAGCUGGUAUUGCCGGCUUUGCUCCUCUUUACAUGAUCCUCCCCGGCGCCGAGGAGCGUAUGGCCGCACAAACCCUGAAGUGGGCACCCAGAUGGGAACGCAACAUCUCCUACUUCGCACCACCCGCCCAGCGAGUCGCUCAACGUGUCGAGCCCCAUGCAUCCAAGAAUAUGAAGAAGCUUGAUGAUCGACUACCCCUCGAGAAGAUUGCACAGAGCGUCCACCGACGCAUGGAGAAGGGCAUCGACCGCUUCCAGAAAUAGGAGACGUCAACUAUUGCACUCCAGAUGAAACACUCUUUUCGUAUCCUCAUCUUUUUCACAUUCAGCAUGCAUCGCCACAGGCCUCGAAGAAUGAUCGAUGAGUUUUCGUCUUCGAAUCACGUACUGUUGGAGCCACGGUAUAUCGAGCAAAUGAGUGCUCUGGCCUGUUGGACUGGAAGGAUAGCAUAGCACAGCAUACGCAGUAUGAAUCAAAGCAAAUAAACUUUCACUCUCCGUCUUCGUCACCACUU